CUCUUGCUGUGCUGGUCUUGGGAUCAAACCUCUGGCUGAGAGUUUUAGUUCUCAUGUAAUUCCUCUGAGCUGAUUAGUGCGACCUUGGCGCUCUAAGUUGUUCUCAGAGUGAUGGGAAGGCUGGCCUGAAGAGAGCAGCACGUUUCUCCUCAAUAUGACCACAGAGAUCACCUACGCUGAAGUGAGAUUCAAAGAUGAAGCCCAGUCCUCGGGCACCCUAUCACAGGCUCCUGCAGAAAGGGAGAAGAGAAAGGACUGGCCUGAUUCUCUUGCAGCUCCCAAAGAGAAGACUAGCCCUCCCCAAAGUAACUCUGGUUGUGUCAAACUACUUCUUGCCGCAUUGCUGAUUCUUCUGCUGCUGACAAUCUCAUUUUUAACCGCCUUUAUCGUUUUUUUCCAAAAAUAUUCUAAACUUGUUCAAGAAGAAAAAUUUACACAAGAACUGGCUCAGACAGUGUUGGAAUGUAAGAAAGAAAAGUUGACCCGGAAAGGGAAAUCCUGGAGCUGCUGCCCGAAGAAUUGGAAGCCAUUUGGUUCAAAUUGCUACUUUAUUUCUUCUGAUAGAAGAAAUUGGACUGACAGCAAGAAGCACUGUGAAGGGAUGCAGGCGCAUCUGCUGGUGGUCGACAGCAAGGAGGAGCAGGACUUUAUUAUCAAGAAUUUGGAAAAGGAACAAUAUUAUUAUUUGGGGCUGUCAGAUCUGAAGAAUGGUCACUGGGAAUGGGUUAAUGAGACACCAUACAAUUCAAGUGUCACGUUCUGGCACCGAGGUCAACCCGAUAAUCCCCAUGAUCACUGUGUUAUGUUACAGUAUAAUUCUGAAUGGUACCACUGGGGCUGGAAUGAUAUUUCUUGUUACUACUCUCUGUAUCCAAUUUCAAAUAUUGCAUCAUCUCAGCGACACCCCCUGCGAAGCCCACACUAUCCCCAGGCAGAAUCACCUGGGUUGCCUCCUCCAGCAGGCCAGCAGCUGGCCCAGCAGCUACAGUCGCAGAUGCCAGAGUGGCUGGAGCAGCGGCACAGGCAUAUGCGGAGUCGGGUGCCCGGUGCCAGCCAGCACUAG